AUGAAAUUUAUAAUUUUUCUAUUAAUUAUUAAUCAUACAAUACAUGUAACAUGUGAAAAUUCUACUAUUAUUAAUAAUUUUGUAAAUAUAAAUGAAGUUAAAAUGAUAUCACACAACAAUGCUUAUAAACUAGUACAAUUAUUAGUUUUUUAUGAUGCCAAAGAAUUUACUGAUGAUAAAAAUUUUGUUGUACGAUUAUAUGUUCAUAGGGUAAUCAAAUUAGCUGGUGAAUUAUUGUAUCCAUUAAAUAUUUUUAUAUCAAUUUCUGAAUAUAUUGAAUUAAAAAAUACAUCAACUAAAAUAGGUGAUAUAACAUAUUUUAAAAAUUUAUAUACAAUAAUGAAUCAUAAAAAUUUACCACCACAUAAUUUGGCAAUGAUUGUUUCUGAGUAUCCAUCAAAUACACACGCAUAUAGAAGAGGUUUUUGUUCAGAGGAAUAUAAAAAUAUAAUGGCAGCUAAAAUUCAUUUAAAAGAAUUUAAUGAUCAUUAUUUAAUAAAAGAUGCUAAAGAAAUAGCAUAUUCAAUAAUUUCUAUGAUUGGUUUUACAAUGGAUGAUGAGGUAAUUAAAGAUGAAUUUUAUAACUGUACAUGUAUAAAUAAUAAUACUAAAAAAUGUUUUACUAUAUAUGAAAAUGAUAAUUGUUUAUUACAUCGUUUAUUACAUCGUUUUGGAACUGUUGAUUGUCUUCAUAAAACUUAUAAAUAUUUUAAUGGUUAUUCAAUUGAUCCUAUCUGUGGAAAUGGAAUUGUUGAAAAAGGUGAAGUUUGUGAUAGUGGACCAGAAAUUUAUGGUAGUAGUUUAUCAUGUACAAAUACUUGUCAAUGGACUUCUUUUAUCAUUUAUUCAUUUUUUACAAUAUCUUUUAUUUUACUAAUAUUUAUUAUUCUACUUUUAUUUGCAGUUAUUUACUAUCGAUGUAAGAAUAGUAAAAAUAGAAACAUUUUAAAAAAUCUUUCAACAUCUUCAAACUUUUUGUACGAUCCAAGAAUUACUAAUACAUCAAAGUUUAAGUAUAAUAUUAAAAAUUUAAAAACUAACAUUGUUGAAAAUGGUACAAUUUCAUCAAAUCAUACAUCAAAUUCCGGACAUUCACGAACUAUAAUUGGAUUAGGAAAAAAUAAUGACAUAGAGGGAGAAUUAAAACAACUUAAUAAAAAAGAAAAAUCUCAAUUAGAAUAUAAGUCAAAAAUUUCUCUUGAAGGAUCAUUAGAACAAACAAAUAUAGUAUUAGAUAAUACAAAUUUAUCCACUUCAUUCAAUGAAUCAUUAACUUCAGAAACAUUAUCUGGUGUAUUUUUAUCACGUUUAAAACCUGGAAAAUUAUCUACCUCAACAAUUAAUUCAUUUUCCAAAAUUAAACCACGUAAAAAUAUACCUUCACCAUUAGUUAGUCAUUCAAUGAAUGUUGAUUUGCCAUCUACAGUUAUUCUUACUGUUAAAAGUUUCAAUAAAAAGAUAUUGUCACAACAUCAAUACCAUUACCAUCAACAACAACCUGAAAUAUUGACAGAAUUAUCUGGUAUUGAAUAUAAUAAUAAACACCAAAGAAUAUCAAAUAUUUGUUGUGGAGGUAUGGCUGCAGAGGGACAUAAUGUGGAUGCGACACUUCUUUCUUCUACUACAAUUGCCAAAGAUCAUGGACAUUUUUUUGUUAAAAAAACUUUUGGUAAACCUAUGUAUUGUCAUCAUUGUUGUGAUAAAAUAUGGGGUAUGAUAUCACAGGGAUAUGCCUGUGAAGUUUGUAAUUUUGUUUGUCACGACAAAUGUUUAAAAACUAUUGUAUCAUAUUGCUCCGGUGUGGCAUUACAAUUAAUAAAAAAUCCUGUUGCUCAUACAUGGACAGAACCUGGAAUUAUAAAAAAACAUUUUUGUUCUGUUUGUCGAAAGAAGACUGAUGAUUCUUUAAGUAAAGAAUGUGAAGUAUGUGAAUAUUAUGUUCAUGUUGAGUGUCAAGAUUUAGCUGUGUCAGAUUGUCGUGAGGCAGCAACAUAUAUUCCUUCUAUAGACCAAUCAGCUCAAAAACAACUUCACCAUAUGAGAGAAGGAAAUUUACCAAAAGAUUCUAAAUGCGUUGUUUGUAAGAAAAGUUGUUAUUCCUUUGAAUGUUUAACGGGUAUGAGAUGUGAGUGGUGUUCACAAACAGUUCAUGCAACUUGUUAUCGUAUGAUGAACCCAGAAUGUGAUUUUGGACCAUUAAGAAAAAUAAUGUUACCACCUAAUUGUUUAACAAUUCCUAGAACAGAAUUACCAAUGGAACAAUUAUUAAAUAUUCAUUCUAAUGGUGAUGGUACCAAUACUAGUACUAAUGAACAAAGUGGUAAUUUAAAAAUUGAUAAAAAAAGUAGUAAUCAAUUUAAUGAUGAUAAUAAUAAUGGAUGUGAUGAAAAAGAAAGAGAUGAUUAUGAAAUAUUAAAAAUAUAUGAUGGUAAUUAUUCAUUAAGAACACAAGUUUAUAGAACUAUUAGUGUGCCAAAAGUUGCAUCUGUAGAACAGAUAAGAGAUAUAGCAUUAAGAAAAUUUAAUAUUUAUGAUACUUCUGAUAAUUAUUUUUUAACUCAAGUACCAACAGAACCUGGUGGUGAGGAAGAAUUACUAGAAGAUCCUGUACCAUUAAGAAAUGUUAAAAGACCAGAAGGUAGAAGAGCACAAUUAUUUUUACGUCAUAAAGAUGAUCCUGAAAAAGCUAUUGUUAAAAUAUAUGGUGGAUGGCUUAGAAUACCAAUUACAUUUACAGAAAUUUAUGUUAAUCGUGAAACACUUGUACAAGAUGUUCUUUCAGAAGCAUUGACUUCAUUUGGUUUAGAUAAAAAUAAUUGGAAUAAGUAUAAUUUAAUUGAAGUAUCUUUAGAACGUGGUGUUGUUGAACGGACAGCUAAUCCACAAGAAAAUAUGUUACAAUUAUUUAGAAAUUUAAAAAAAGAUUCAUUAAGACGUUUUCAUGUGGUUAGAUUUUAUAUACAAGAAAAAGAAGAUCCACAUGAUCAUGCAGUUUUUGUUGGUAAUCUACCAGUAUCAUUAGCUCAACGACAAUAUGAAAGAAUUUUAUUAAAAUUAUUAGGUGCUAAAGAGAAACCAUUUACAGCAAUAGGACCAAUUUAUUUUGAAUACGGUAGUUUAGUAAUAACAUUUAAUACACCAAAAGCAGCCACAGCUGCUGUUCAAAAACUUCAAAAUGCUGUUUAUGAAGAUAAAAAAUUAAUUGUUUUAUGUUUACCAAAUAUUCAACAACAUAUGAUUCCAAGUGAUGUUGAACCAUUACUUGUUCUUGUUAAUACUAAAUCUGGUGGAUGUCAAGGAAAUGAAUUAAUAACAGCUUUUCGCCGUCAACUAAAUCCAUUUCAAGUUUUUGAUGUUCUUAAAGGUGGUCCAUUAGUUGGAUUAUAUGUGUUUAGAAAUAUACCAAAAUAUAGGAUAUUAGCAUGUGGUGGAGAUGGUACUAUAGGAUGGGUUUUACAAUGUCUUGAUAUUGUAAAACAAGAAGCAGCAUGUUUUUCUCCUCCAUGUGGAAUUGUUCCUUUAGGUACUGGUAAUGAUUUAGCACGUGUACUUCGUUGGGGCGGUGGUUAUACUGGAGAAGAAAAUCCCUUAGAUAUAUUAAAAGAUGUUAUUGAGGCAGAAGAAGUUAGAUUAGAUAGGUGGGCUGUAGUAUUUCAUGAGGAAGAAAAACAACCAGCUAAUCCUGGUAGAGAAGGUGAAAUUAUUCUUGAAAGAGAACAAACUAUGACAAAUCCAGAAGAUCAAACAAGUAUGAUUAUUAUGAAUAAUUAUUUUGGUAUUGGUAUAGAUGCAGAUGUUUGUUUAAAAUUUCAUAAUAAAAGAGAUGCAAAUCCAGAAAAAUUUCAAAGCAGGUUGUUUAAUAAAACACAAUAUGUUAAAAUUGGUCUUCAAAAAGCACUUUUUGAAAGAAGUUGUAAAGAUUUAUGGAAACGUAUUGAAUUAGAAGUUGAUGGUAAAAUGAUUGAAUUACCUAAUAUUGAAGGAAUUGUUAUUCUUAAUCUUCUUUCAUGGGGUUCUGGUGCAAAUCCAUGGGGUACAGCAAAAGAAGAAGGUGUUUUUCAAAAACCUACACAUUAUGAUGGAUUAUUAGAAGUUGUUGGCAUACCUGAUGUAUCUAGAUUAGGUUUAAUUCAAUCUAAACUUGCUGCUGGUAUACGUAUAGCUCAAGGUGGUUCUAUAAGAAUUAUUACUCAUGAAGAAUGGCCUGUACAAGUUGAUGGUGAACCUCAUAUUCAACCUCCAGGUACAAUUACAAUAUUAAAAUCAGCAUUAAAAGCAAAAAUGUUGAAGAAAGCUAAGAAAUCACGUAGGUUCAAUGCUGCUAGUACAUUAUCUUCUAGCAAUCAACAACAACUACGUCAAGCACAAAGUGAAGGUUCACCAGGAAGUUUUGGAGGAUGUGGAGUUGUUACUUCACAUUUAGGUGUCGAUAUACAGUUAAGUCAUGGAAAAAGUACUCCUGACGACUUACAAACAACUGGAACUGGUGAGGAGGAGGAAGAAGACGCAUUUUUGUAA